AUGAAUUUUCCAGAAUCUCAUGGCCGGAUUUUGAAAAGCGUACAAGAUGUGCUCCAGCGCUAUGAUUCACAACUCAAUGACAUCAACCACAAAAUAUGGUCAAACCCAGAGCUUGCAUAUGCAGAAUUUGAUGCUCAUGAUCAUAUCUGCGCGCUCUUUGAAAGCCUCAAAUCUGAAGGAUAUUCAGUCCGGAGGAAGGCGUAUGAACUAGAGACAGCGCUCGAGGUUGAAUAUACCUAUGGCAGCGGAGGCCGAGUUGUGGCCUUUAACGCCGAAUAUGAUGCACUACCUGGGAUUGGUCAUGCCUGUGGCCACAACCUCAUCGCGACAAGCUCGAUCGCUGCAUUCAUUGCCACAUGUGAGGCCAUGAAGGCCCAAGCUGAGUUAUCAUCAGCAUCGGGAUUUACUGUGCGUCUGCUGGGUACUCCCGCCGAGGAAUCGGGUGGUGGUAAGGUGCGCCUUAUUAACAAGGGUGCAUACAAGGGCAUUGAUGCCUGUCUUAUGGUCCACCCAGUGCCAAUGGUGCCCGGAAAACCAGAGCUGAUGGGCAUGGCAACUACGCUCGAAGGAGGAUUCCUCGCUAACGAUAAAGUCAAAGUAACUUUUACGGGGAAGCCUGCUCAUGCCGCAGCGGCUCCAUGGGAAGGAAUAAAUGCACUCGAUGCUGUGGUAGCGGCAUAUGUGAACAUCUCUCUUCUCCGACAACAGAUUCUACCCACACAGAAAGUCCACGGAGUCAUUGUGAAUGGAGGAGAACGGCCCAACAUUAUUCCCAUGUCCGCAAAGGUCGACUACUAUAUUCGCUCUCCCACCAAGAAGACACUCAAGCCAUUGACCGAAAAGGUGCUGAAAUGCUUUGAGGCAGCCGCCACCGCUACUGGGUGCAAGGUCGAAUUUGAAUGGGGUCCUUCUUACGACGAUCUGAAGAGCAACUGGCCAAUCUGCGAAAGCUAUGUCUCGGCAAUGCGAGCAAUGGGGUACCAUACAUUGCUUGACAACUCGGGAGAAAAGAGCGCUCUUGCCGGAGCAUCCACAGAUAUGGGAAAUGUUUCUUACGUCGUUCCUGGAUUCCACGGACUUUUCACUAUUCCUGUUGAUGGUGUUAACCAUACACCGGAGUUUACUAGCGGUGCUGGAUCUCCCGAGGGAUUCAAGCGUGCCAUUGGCUGUGCGGCAGGUAUGGCUAUGGUCGCUUGUCAAGUUUUGGUUGACGAUAAGUUUGCCGAGGACGUCAAGAAGAACUUCGAGGAAGAUAGAUAA